AUGUUGACACCCUCUGGUGCCGAUCUCACCACCACUCAUCUAUUAAAGACUACCACUUCAUCAUCCCAGAAUAAUAAUAAUCAACAAGGAAGUAAAUUAUUAAUGAUGAAUAAUAUUAGCAACAACAAUAAUACAACGACCAAUCUAUCACCUAGAUUAUAUCAAGGAUCAAUGAAUAAUAAUAAUUCAAUGAUGAUGAUGAUGGCUCCUCCUCCUCCGAAUAAUAAUAAUAACAUGUGGUGGAAUCAUCAACCGCCUCCACCUCCACAACAACAACAAUUUAAUAAUUCUAAUUUAAUGAUGAUGUUUAAUAAUUUUGGAAAUGUUAAUAAUAAUGGAGGUGAAUUGGCUCAUCAUGGUGAUGUAGCAAUUAAUACCUCUAAUCAACAACCACAACAACAACAACAGGAAAAUCAAUUUUAUCAUCAUCAAUGGAUGAUGAAUAAUCCAUCAUCGGGUAUGUGGCCUCCUCAUGGCAUGAUGAUGGGCUAUCCACCAAUGAUGGGCAUGUGUUCUGUUGAUGAUAUUGAAAAGAGCUUUUUCAACGAGCCAACCGAACAAUCGAAUACCAUGGUGAAUACUACUGCUAGUGUAGAACAACCACAACAAUCACACUUCCUCUCCCAACUUUUCCCACAAAAUUCCAUGUUAAAUAAUGAUAUCAAUACCACCACUUCCACUCCUGUUCAUGUAAAUUAUCCUAAUCAAUCAUCAACAGUACAAAAUGAUAAUAAUCCAUUGACAAGCAUUCUUGUAAAUACUAACACUAGAAAAAAACAGGAAGAAUCAAUUGAAUCACCAACUCUCACUACUGCCUCUUCUGCCACUCUAAUGAAUGAAAUUAAGAAUUUACAAAUACAGUUAAAGGCAGCACUCAAAGUCCUUGAAUUGGAAAAACAAAAAUUAUCCACAAUGAGUUCAAAGGAUACUCACUACAUUGUUGCAAAUCAAACUUUGGAGGAAACUAUUAGACACGUGAAAAAAUCACUAAACAUUGUAAAAAAGAAGCAAACAGAAGAAGAAAAGGAAGCAAAAUCUACCUCAAAACCAAAAUCAAAUCCUGAACUACCAAGAACAUUGGAAAAUCACUACAAGUUUAGAAAAUAUUCAGAAAACAUGUAUGGUUUCUUCCCUAAACAUUUGGUCAAUAAGGUGAGAUUUGAUUCAGAGUUGGCACUUUCCUAUCUUACUCCUUUUAAUGAUGCCUUUGAAAUUGCCUCCCUCAUGAAUGAAAUGAUAAAACAGAAAACUGGUUUCUAUCCAAAUCACUUGGUUGAUGGAACUGGUGGCUUGGGAGGAAAUAUUAUUGGAUUUUUAAGAUAUUUCUGGUCCAAACGUCUCCACAGAAAAACAGUAACCAUGAUUGAACUAGAUGAAAGAAGAUGCAACGAUGCACGAUACAAUAUUAACUUGUUUGAAAAUGAGGAGAAAAAGUAUGAUAGAGACUGUGUCACUUGUAAUGUAAUUUCAGGUAAUUUUAUUGAUUGGUGGCAAAAGGAGAGAGGAAACUUGGGAGACAAGAUGCCUGAAACAUUUGUCUUUUUUGAUCCUCCUUGGGGAAAUCAAGAUUAUUCAUUGCACGAUUUUAUUGAUGACUUGUACAUGAUUCAAGAGAACCUCACACCAAUCAGUGUCAAGACAUUCUCCAAACAACUUUUACUCGAAGAUGGAGUUCAAUGUGUGGCAUUGAAGGUGCCUUACAAUUUUUCUGAAUCUGGAUUGCCAGAAGAAUUGGAAGUUGAGUAUAUUUUAAUGAAGAAGGUGAAAUAUAUCAUGCUUUUCAGGAAGACUAAACCAGAGUACUAG